UUGUGUGUGGUGAAACAUCCCCGGUGAGACGACUACGAGUGGACGGGGGAAUAAGUGCAUAACUUUUUGUUUUUUGUUUAUUUUCCCUGAGCGUGAUUUCUCGUAACGUUUUUCUUUAAAGUAUUACAUUUGUAAACCAUUCUACAUCAUUGGAAACAUGAAGGCAGUGGUAACGAGACACGCAGUUGUUCCCGACCCCAUCGACUAGAUCUUUUAGGAGGAUAAAAAACAAAAAAACAUACAAUUCUUGUUCUGGUCGUUUGGAAACAAAAUAGGCUACCGAAACGAACAAAACACAGCAGUAACAUUGUUUUCGUUCAUGUUGACAAUUGAGGGGAUUUUCAAGUGCCUUAAUUGCGGAGUCUAGGCAUCGAAUUGAGAGGACAAAGAGUGGACCGAAUACAUCCCAAGGAUACGAUAAGUUUCACAUACAUGCGUCCCCUUUUCGAAUAUGACAGAGGACAACUUUGCUAUAUAAUUGUAUAGCCAAGAUAUACAAUAUGCUAUAGCACUAUAAAGGAACGUUUUUCCUAAUAUGAAAGUUCAUAUUUGAUUGUCUAUACUAGAUUUUUAAAGAAACUGGUGGUCGACUAUUUUUAUCGACUUAUUCCAUGAGAUAUUGACUUGCAAUCGUCCGUCAAAGCAAGGUUUUCCUUGUAAUGUUGUGACCACAUUUUUUUUAUUACUCAUUCCUAGUGAAACUGGUGUUUGAACUGUGGUCCGUGUCAGAUGUGGUCAGUGUUGCGGCCAAUGGGUACACGGUCCAGCUGACCGUGCCACUAAAUUACCAGUUACACUUUUUUUGACCCACACAACCGAAGGAGUUCGUUUAUAUUACGGAUAAUCUGUAUGCCAUUAUGGAUUUCCUAUCCAGGCGCAGUGCCCCACUUUGGCUGGUCCUGCUGGAAUGUGUGCUUCUGUCGACAGCAGAGGAAGAGGUUCUGAUGAACACUAAGACCGAGACGUCAGAUCUCAGAUGGACCAUCUACUCCCGUGACAACCCUCUGUGGGAGGAGGUGAGUGGUCUGGACGAGGAGAACAACAGUGUGAGGACCUAUCAGAUCUGCCAGACGGACGGCUCGUCCAGUCAUUGGCUGCGCAGCGGGCUGAUUCAACGGCGGGGAGCGUCCCAGGUGUACGUGGAGCUGCGCUUCACCAUGAUCGAGUGUUCGUCCAGGGUCACACACCACCGCAGCUGCAAGGAGACCUUCAACCUCUACUACUACCAGGCCGACUCUGACGAGGCUACACCUACACACCCAUCAUGGAUGGAGAACCCCUAUACUAAGGUGGACACAGUGGCAGCAGACUUCCUACUGAGGAAGGGUGGGGAGCGUAAGUUCAAUGUGAAGACCCUGCGGCUGGGGCCUCUGUCUAAGAGGGGCUUCUACCUGGCCUUCCAGGCCCAGGGAGCCUGCAUGGCCCUGCUGUCUGUCAGGGUGUUCUUUAAGAAGUGUCCUGCCCUUGCCAGCUCCCUGUCCUCCUUCCCUGAGACCGUGCCCCGCACCCUGGUACAGGAGGCCCAGGGGGUGUGUGUGGACAACGCUGCCCAGCAGGGGCCCCGGCCACGCCCACCCAAACUCUUCUGCGGCGAGGAUGGCCAAUGGGUGGGCCAGCCCACUACCUCCUGUGGCUGUCUGCCCGGAUACGAGCCUGCUGAUGGACACACCCACUGCUCAGCCUGUCCUGUGGGUCAGUUUAGGUCCGGCUCGGGGGGGCAGUGCCAGGCCUGUCCAGGGUUUAGCCAUGCUGUGGUGACGGGCUCACCUGUGUGUCAGUGUCGUCCAGGAUACCUCCGCGCUGACUCUGACACCCCAGACACGCCCUGCACCAGACCCCCCUCUGCCCCGCGUAGCAUCGUCACCCAGAUCAACGACACCACGGUGACCCUAGAGUGGAGCGAGCCCCAGGACAGUGGUGGCCGGACUGACCUGAGUUACUCUGUGGAGUGUUCUCUGUGUGGGGCCCCCUGGGGCCCCUGCUCUCCCUGCGGGGACAGUGUCAGCUACCGGCCUUCUCAGCGUGGCCUGCUGGGCCGCAGGGUGGUGGUCUGGGGCCUCAUGCCUCACACUACAUACACCUUCUCCAUCCAGGCCCUCAACGGGGUCUCCCCGCCCAACGGCAAGGGGGCACCCAGCGACACUGUCAACAUCACAACCAGUCACGACGUUCCAGUUCUGGUGUCUGUGAUCAGGAAGAGUAUCUCUACAGAGAGCAGUCUGACUCUCCACUGGUCAGUUCCAGCCCAGCCGCACUACACCAUCCUUCAGUACCAGCUACGUUACUGUGAGACGGAGCGUCGAGGUGAGGAGCAGGAGCGGUUGUGUCGCUACAUGGAGAGUGACAGUAACCAGGUGGUGCUGAGUGAUCUCCGCAGGGCCACUCAGUAUGAGGUGCAGGUCCGGGCUCGCACCAUGGCCGGCUACGGCAGCUUCAGCCCAGCGGCCUCCUUCCGCACCAUGCCUGACGGACAUGACUCUCCUUCCCAGCUUCUGGUGACCGGUAUCCUUAUCGCCAUGGGGAUGCUGCUGCUCAUCACUGUCAUCACUGUGGCUGUCUUCUGCAUACGCAGACACAGCAGAAUGAAGGACCCAGAGCUGAGUGACAAAAAUGGCCAGUACCUCCUGGGCCAAGGAGUCAAGGUCUAUAUUGACCCCUUCACCUACGAGGACCCUAACGAGGCCGUACGGGAGUUUGCCAAGGAGAUCGAUGUUUCCUUUGUCAAAAUCGAGGAGGUCAUUGGUGCCGGGGAGUUUGGGGAGGUGUGUCGGGGGAGGCUGAAGGUUCCAGGGAAGAAGGAGAACUACGUAGCCAUCAAGACCCUAAAGGGUGGCUACACAGACAAGCAGAGGCGGGACUUCCUGUCGGAGGCUAGCAUCAUGGGCCAGUUCCAGCACCCCAACAUCAUCCACCUGGAGGGCAUCAUCACUGCUUCCUGUCCCGUCAUGAUCCUCACUGAGUUCAUGGAGAACGGAGCACUUGACUCCUUCCUUAGGUUGAACGAUGGUCAGUUCACUCCCAUCCAGCUGGUGGGCAUGCUGCGUGGCAUCGCGUCAGGCAUGAAGUAUCUGUCUGAGAUGAGCUAUGUCCACAGAGACCUAGCCGCGCGCAACAUCCUGGUCAACAGCAACCUGGUGUGUAAGGUGUCUGACUUUGGCCUGUCCCGCUUCCUCCAGGAGAACUCCUCAGACCCCACCUACACCAGCUCUCUGGGUGGUAAGAUCCCCAUCCGCUGGACCGCCCCAGAGGCCAUCGCCUUCAGGAAGUUCACCUCAGCCUCCGACGCCUGGAGCUACGGCAUCGUCAUGUGGGAGGUCAUGUCCUUCGGAGAGAGGCCCUACUGGGACAUGAGCAACCAGGAUGUGAUCAACGCCAUAGAACAGGACUACCGCCUACCCCCGCCCCCUGAUUGCCCCACCCACCUCCACCAGCUGAUGCUGGACUGCUGGCAGAAGGAGCGCUCGGCCCGCCCUCGCUUCGCCGCCAUCGUCAGCGCCCUGGACAAGCUGAUCCGCAACCCCGCCUCGCUGAAGAUCGUGGCCCAGGAGGGUGCAGGGCCGUCCCACCCCCUACUGGACCAGCGGGCCCCCCCGGCCCCCUCAGCGUGUGGCUCCGUAGGGGAGUGGCUGAAGGCCAUCAAGAUGGAGCGCUAUGAGGACAGCUUCCUCCAGGCUGGAUUCACCUCUGUUGACCUACUGGCCCAGAUCACUGCUGAGGACCUGCUGCGUCUGGGAGUGACCCUGGCUGGACACCAGAGGAAGAUCCUGUCCAGCAUCCAAACUCUGACCAUGACCAAGAGCCCUGGAACCGUACGCUUCUAAUCCCGGCACAACUUAUCUUGACCCCUGACCUCUGACCAUCACCCAACACAGACACCAGCACGCACACAGUACAUCGCACACCCAUGGAUCCAGGCAGCACCCUGCUACAACCACACAGUCCCUGACCCUGGCACCAGCCGGCCCCUUCUUAGACAGGAAGUCCAUCAGCGACUGGGCGUAGUGACAGCGCCUCAAAAUGAACUAAUUAUAGAUGACCUUCCCUACAACCUGACCAACCUGUCCUUACUGACCAGUCAAGUGAUCAGUCAGGCUGAGGACUGGUAGGAGGCUGCUGUACGCUAUCCUUGAUGCAGUGAAAAUAAUAGAACAUUCGAAGUAAGCUUUAUGCGACAUCUUUAACACACUUUUUUGCUUAUCUGAAUUUCUGGGUUUUACGCACCAACCAAACUUCUGGGAGAGCGUGAUCGUCCCCUUUUGAUAGGCUGCUGGGGCCUCUCUGACUGCCUCUCUGGCCAGUUCACCCUCACUAUACCGCCACUGCUUCACUGCUUGAAUGUUUAUCUGUGAUCCUAAACAAACUGGUGAUACUAGUGGAGGCACAGAUCAGUGCUAAGGACUAAAGAUGAUCUAUUGGUGUAUUUCAUGAUGAAGAAUGUGAACUAGCCAGUGGCAGACUACGCUACUGCAACAUGGUGACACUUUCACUAAUUUGUGUCUUGGAUUAUUAAUCCAUGGGAAUUAUACGAUGAUGUGGAUGACACCUUUUUCAGCGGACCGGAAAAUGUGUGUUUGGACUCUUAUCGAAUCGGCCUCACUUUUUCCUUUGGUUUCAAAAUGGCCUCGCCUUUCCUCAGGUGUUAUGGUGUUAUGGGUAAUGUAGGCAUUUGGACCAGAACAGACUGUAGUCAUACAAUCCUUCAUUUCCUCAUCUUCUUCAGUGACAGUGUGUGACCCUCCUGGGUCAGCCGUGUAGGAGGAGAGCAGGACUGAGACAUAUCAGCACUUUUAUAUAUUGAACAGACAGAAGUUGGGUUUUUAGUCAGUUCUCUGUCUCACUCCACCCCUCCUCUCAGCAGCUACAGUACUUCCUGUGUUUCUCUUGGAGUAUGGCUGGCUGGCAUUUCCACUUCCUGUUGCUGCUGGACUGGGCAGCUCACUUCCACACACUCAGACUGAAGGUGGACCCUGACCGUGGAUACAGGGACCAAAAGAACAUUGUUCAAGCCUUUUCUACUUGGGACUUUGACCAGGAGAAACACCACUCUGUCCUCUCCUUAUUUGGUUGAUAUUAUAGGUGGUCAGUUUUUUGUCUUGCUCGAGUGCCAUUUGAUCUUCUAUGUGGACUGAUAUCAAAAUGCCUGUUCUAUAAAGCAUAAAGCCCUCCCUGGGUUAUAUAGUUAGAUCUGCCAUACAGAAGUCUCUUCCGAUGCCACCAGUUUCACAUGUUUGGGGAGAUUGUGUGGUUCCUUGUUAACUAAAGGAUAGUGGGAAAUGUGGUCUUCACAUUGAGGAUCUGUUAUAAAAACGGGAACCCCUCUUUUAUAAAGUUUCCUUUUAAAAUAAUGUAUAGAUAAGUAUGGUUUGAUUCGCCCAUCCUUUCUGUGUGUAAUCUGUAUUCAGUCACAAUAAAGACACACACCAGUGUU